AUGGCAGACUUCGCAGGCUUCAACAAGACCAUUUCAGAUGACGAUCUUGACACAAACCUCGAGGACGUGAUGGACUACAAGUUCUACGGCAAAACCUUUCUAUAUGAGAACAUCUACGAACUCGCCAAUAAGAAGAACAAGACCACGGACGGAACAUUCGGCGUGGCCCAGGUGUCCGGCUGCCAGGUUUUCGGGGCACCUCGCGACGGUCCCGUCGCCUUCGGCAAGGGCAGUAAUGAUAACCUUCCGUUUGCCUUCAGCAUGGACGCUGGGCGCUAUAGCGCCGCCGAAGCACUUACUCGUAGGACCCCGUCUCUCAUAAGCCAGGCUGUCCGAAAGGGCAAGCGCUUCCACAGUGCCAUUUGCUCUGUUCCUAGCAAGCUUUGCUCCUUCCCUGUCUCUUGCAUGGGCUUCAUGGUUCCUGUGCUGGGCAAGCGCCAGCGUCCAGCUGCUUCUCCCGUUUCUGGGUCCCAAGAGCACAACCAAGCGUCCGCUGACCGCGCUGGAAAGCGCCUUCGUGACAACAAUGGUGGCGCUGUUGCGAUCGCUGCAACUGUCCACAGCCCUGUCGCUGCUCGCACCACCGCCGGCGAGAACUGGGAGAUGGUCGGUCGCGCACCACGCGGUCUGACUGCUCUCAACCCCGCCAACACGAACACCAACACUGCAUGGGAGCGUCCCCAUCGCAAGGAGUAUGGUGGCUUCCGGGGCUUCUUCCAGCCAGCAGAAGAUAAAUCCUGGACCGUGGAUCCGCGCACCGGUAGGCGGAUCCUGAAGGCGACCUCCGCUAGGCACCACUAG